AUGAAUCCAGGCGAGAGCCGUGCUAUCCACCCGGAAGGCGAGCUGUUCUUGGACAACUUCACCGUCAACAACUCUACCACGACUUCCUCCGGCAGGCCGGAAGGAAACACCGUUCAGCCUCUACGCAUCAACAAACGGGACUCAGCCAGUCCACAAUCUGCCUCAACUCCACCCAACAUCACACUCCCAUACCCCGAUGACCGGCCACGCCCGCAACUGCGCUCCUCAAGCUCAAACGAUGCCCGUCCCGGAGAUACUCUGCGAUACAACUCGCCGCCGCCAGCCAGCGCAGGCCCAGUCAGCCCCGCAGAUUACCCGUCAGCCCUGCGUCCCCGCGACGGCCGCGAACCCCGAGUCGCAACUCUAGCAGAGCGUCGCGGCACAGCGCCCAAACCGCUCCCCGAAUCGCCAGGUCCCGACGCACCCGAUGCCGCUGCCCUCGCAGCACGGCCAUACCCCCGGCCUCCUGCGGUCUCCGCGCCCGUCGACACCAACGAGCCGCAGUAUGACUAUCGUCAACAGUACUACCCGCCACCAGUAAGCUCGUCAUCCCGACCAGCACCAGGCUCGAAUCUGGCCCCGCCCUCCUCAUCAGGCAUCAAUCGUAUUAGCUCGACAGCAUCGACGUCAACGACCCGCGCAGAGCGCGGAUCGCCCCCGCCGCCGGAGACCCCUGUCGUAGGUCCCGGCCAGCAACCGGGCUCUGAUAUCGAGGCCCGGUAUGCGGCGGCCGGGAUUGCGGGGACGGGCACCCUGGCGGGGUUGCAGUCCCACAGCUCGGCGGCCCAGAGACGCGCGGAGCAGUAUGUGGGACAGCAGCCGAACUUUGGCCCGCAGGAGUCGCAGAGGCCAUGGACGCCGACUGAGUUGCCUGGGUCGCAGCCUCAUGGCCCGCCGACGGUGUACCAGGGCGCUGAGGUGCUAAGUGCGGGCCAGAUGCAGCAUCCGGGGCAGUAUAACAGUCCGCCGCCGCAGCAUCACGCUCAGUAUGGCAGUCCGGCACCCCAGGCUCAGCAGGCGCAGAUCCCUGCGAAUGCGCUGGAGCAUGAUAUGGAUCGUAUGCGGAUCAGUGAUGAGCCUCCUCCUGCUUAUUCGACUGUUCAUGGUGCUGGUGCUGCUAAUGGGUAUCCGAAUGAUAAGCCUGGUGCUGUGGUGGCGGGUGUCGCUGCCGGCGUGGCAGCUGGAGUAGCUGCUGGUGCAGUCGCUGGACAUCCUGCUGUUGCUAGCCAAGGUCAUCCCGCGAUAACGUCUGCGCCGUCUCCUGCCCCUACGGCUGCAACGGAGGGUCAUCCUGCUUUUGCAAAUGAUCCACGGCAACAGUCUAAUGCGGGACAGUCACCCCAGAACGCUGUCGCUAAUGGCCAGCCUCAAUAUUCGCAGCAGCAAGCACAGCAACAUGUCCAGCAGCAGCCACAACAGUUCCCGGCACAGGUUGCUUCCCCAGGACCCUCGGGGCCUCCUCCAGCAUCUCCUCCACCGUUGCCAGAGGGCUGGAUUGCGCAUUUAGAUCCUAAUUCCGGCCAGUACUAUUAUAUCCAUCUGCCCACGCAGUCAACACAGUGGGAGUUCCCGAAGGGUCCUACGCCGUUGAACCUGAAUGAGACACCCCUCUCUCCCGUCGCAAGUGUAUACAGUAGCCACCCUCUAACAUCCCCGGGAUUAUCGGCCUUUGGCAAACCCCUGGCCUCCCCGGGUGUUCCUCUGACACCAGGCUUUGAGAGCCUGCAAUCACCGAUUGCGGGAUUCACGGGCCCUCCACCGAGCAGUGGAGUGGAUAUCUACAAAACCGCCCCAACCAAUGGUGUCUAUUUCGGCCCGUAUCUGCGAUACACGAAUAUGGACCUCGAGCGCGGUCUCUGGCUAGGGUCUAUUCUGCUUGUCACCGACGCCGCCCAACCCCCUACAAUCCACCUCCAUCAAAGCGUGGAUCUAUCCCCGAACCCGCGACAGCUCCAGCCCAUCAACAUCGCCGCACACCAACGCUGGACCUUCUACAAGUACGAAAUAGACCUGCAGAUGGACGACGCCGGCCCGGCAAAAUGGACCUACGCCAUCACCUCGCAUCUCGGCUGCACAAGGUACGAGUUCCUCGUCGCUGGCCGACACGAGACGAACUGGCGAUUCAUCGCAACAUCCGGCAACGAUUUCUCGCUGAAUGUUAACGCGAACGAGCGCGCACGCCUCGGCGGCGUGGGCUUCAUGUGGAAGGAUAUCAUGCAGAAACACAACGAGAUUGGCGGGUUCCAUGCGCAGCUCUGUCUGGGCGGCCAGAUCUAUGCUGAUCGGAUGUGGAAGGAAAUUCCGUGUUUGAAGCAGUGGCUUGCGAUUAGUGGCAAGGAGGCGAGGAAGAAUGCGCCGUGGACGGCGGCGAAUCAGCAGGAUGUCUCGCAUGCAUAUUUCCACUACUACACGAGUCAUUUUGAUCAGCCGUAUUUGAGAGAGAGUUUUGCGCAGAUUCCGUAUAUCUGCCAGAUUGAUGAUCAUGAUAUCUUUGAUGGCUUUGGCUCGUAUCCAGAGCAUAUGCAGUUCUCCAACAUGUUCAAGAAUAUCGGACGCAUCGGUAUUGAGAUGUACCUCCUUUUCCAGCACCAUACGACCCUCGAUAUUCUCCGAAAUGUCCACAACGACACUGACCUCUUCACCAUUACCGGUACUGGUUGGCACUUUGUCAAGUACCUCGGCCCCGGCGUGGUCGUCGUCGGACCCGAUUCCCGCUCAGAACGUAACCCGCAUCAAGUCAUGGCCGGUCCUACGUACCAGGGUCUCUUCCCCAAGGUUGCCUUGCUACCACCGAGCGUGCAGCAUUGUCUGUGGAUGAUCCCUAUGCCUUUGAUCUACCCCCGUCUCGAGACGGCCGAGCAUAUUGCGCAGACUGUUGCCACAGGAAAGAGAGCCGUUACUGGUGCGUAUAACGUGUUGGGCAAGGUGACCAGCUCGGUUGCCGGCGUGGUGGGUGCAAAGGAGUUUGUCGGUUCGGGCUUUGACUCUGUCAAGCGGGCUGUUGGCAAAUCAGGACUUAUGGGAGGUAUCUUGAGUCCAUUUGGCGAAUUCGAUCUCAUGGAUGAAUUGCGCGAUCAAUGGACGCAUGAGUCCAAGGUACGAUCUCGAACGCACAUACCUCAUCCGCACCCUGCAAGGCAUCGCCCACCAAAAAUCCCUCCGAAUGACCUUCCUCUCCGGCGCCGUCAACGUCUGCGGCGCCGGCCUAGUCCACGACCCCUCCCAACCCUCCGACCACAAAACAAUGUACCAGCUCAUCUCCUCCCCCAUCGUCAACACCCCACCCCCUCCUACGUCGUCAAACUCCUCCACGGCAACUCCAAACCGCUCUACAUCCCCGCAAACGGCCACCGCUCCUCCUCCCAACCCACCGACACAAAGGAGGACAUGAUGGAGAUUUUCCAGACGGAUGUCAACGGCCAGCCGCGCGAGCAUAAGAAGCUCAUGGCGAGGAGGAAUUAUGUUGCGAUCGUCGCGUAUGAUCCGGAUGUGGUUUCGACGCCGGCGUUUGGAAUGCAGCAUCAGGCUUUUAGUGCGCAGAAGGCUAAGUUGAGUCUUGCGGCGGACUUUAUGGUUCAGGGGGAUGGGGCUUAUGCUAAUGUUGUUAAGUUUGGGCCCGUUAUUGUGCCUAGUCUUGAGGCUGGGAAGUGA